UGUCUAAAAUCUUGAUUACAAUAGCUUGUGUUCUGGUACUACUGAGUCAUCAACAAGAGUGCUUUAUACUUAAAGCUCUCAACUUAACAAAAAAUCAAGUUAAUCAUAGCCCAGCUGAGCAUGGAAAUUUAGCCACUUUAGGUCGCGAUGUAGUACGAAACACAUCUAAAACCCUCUUAAAAUUAGGCGACCGAAUUAUAUCCACUUUUUCAAAGCGCACCCAAGGACCCGAUUCGACAAAAAAUACCACGAUGGAAGGUUUUAAGAAAGGAAUUAGGGCCAUAUACCCCGGUACCAAAUGGUGUGGUGACGGCGACAUUGCGCAGUCCCGUCAAGACUUGGGCUUAUUUUCCAGAACUGAUAGUUGUUGCAGAGCCCAUGAUGGUUGUCCGGAAGGUAUACCAGUCGAUUCUGAAAAAUACGGCUUAGUGAACACUGGUUUGUUUACGCGAUCACACUGUGAUUGUGAUAAGGAGUUUUACGAUUGUCUGAAAAACGCCAAAAGCGUGGUUGCUAGUAAAAUUGGGUUCACGUUUUUUACGAUUUUGGGGCCUCAGUGUUUCAGGAAUGAUUAUCCGAUAGUCGCUUGUGAGAAGUGGAGAAAGGGGAGAUGCGAAAAGUACGUUGUAGAUCGUACUAAACCAAAGAUGUAUCAGUGGUUUGACUCACCUUGUUUCUGAGAAUAUCGUGAUGG